AUGCGCUACGACCCGAGCAAACUGUCGUGGAACGAAGUCUCGAGAUGGCCAAAGCACUUCUGUCACCUCGCGGUUCGUCAAGACCUACCACAAGCUAUGACCCUUCCGCCUCCAAGGCUAGGCCUGAGGGUGGCGCAGGGUGCCAGAUCAGGAAUUGGCGACAUCAAGAUAGUCGAUGGAGUGCGGGGCGUCUGGCUUGAGACAAUCCAAGGAAAUCUAGAACUGAAUCGCGCAUCGCGGGAUCUGAAGCAAAGUUCGCGUCCGUGCUCCGAUCAGCUGCGUCACUGCAGGAACAUUCGCGUCAACCGCGUUACUUGCUGCAUCCACUUUCACAUUUCCGAUUGCUCUCUAGCUGAGCAGCAUGGAACCACAACACCUCCACAGCAAUCCCCCAUAACUCCCAGUAUGCCGCCUUUCGUGCCCAGAAAGCGCGAGCACUCGCCCAUUGCCUCGCCACCAACGAAACGAAAAGCGCAGGCGAAGCCAGCAUCUAAGAAGGGCAAGCAGACAUUGUUCGAAGCUGCUGACGAGCCGCGUAAAAAGGCCAAGUCUGCAGAGGAGACCAAGAAAGCGCUCAAUGCCACAUUUGGCGACGAUGACGACGACGAACCGCUUAGCGAUGUCGACAGCGACGAGUUCGAAGAUGUACCGCCAAGCAAAAGGCAGAAGAUGGAGUCGGACAACGGCGAUGAUGGCGACGAGAUGGACUGGGAAGAUGCCAUAGACCAUAGUGCAUCAACCAUAGUUCAGCCGGGACCAUCCACUUCCAAGCAUGAUGCGGAGAUUGGCGACAUUGAUGUGUCUCUAAACGAAGACAAUGUGUACAUCGAGCCUGAGAUAUCACUCGCAACUGGGAAGAAAGGCCCAACCAAGCGAGAGCGUCAGGUCAGAGUGAUCACGCAUUGCUUGCAUGUGCAGAGCUUGAUGUGGCAUAACACUGUUAGGAAUUCAUGGCUGAACGACAAAGAAGUGCAGAAGUCGCUUGUUGAUGGCUUGACAGAUGGCGUGAAGAAAGAAAUCACACGAUGGAGAGAGGCAAUGGGCACGCUCAGCAGAGAAGAGUUGCAAGCGAAGAAGGAAGCCGCUGCAAAGGCAAAAGGCAGGAAAGGCGGCAAGGGCAAAGGCAAGAGCAGUGGCCGAGAUUGGAAUUACGAUGCCAAACAUCUUGAACAAGGCGUUCCGAAUCUGAGUCAAGGUGAUCCCUUGCUCCGGUUAUUGAAGGUACUCACGGCCUACUGGCGGAAGCGUUUUGUCGUUACCGCACCAGCAAUCAGAAAACUUGGGUUCAUGCCGCUGAGGAGACUGCGAGACGAGAUUAAGCACUGGGACAAGAAUCGCAACGAUGCUGAAGAGCAUGGUGAGCGCAUUGAAGAUCUUGCUGCCUUUCGUGGGCUUGCAAAGAAGUGUGAGGGGUCGCGCGAUGUAGGUGGUCAGCUCUUCGUUGCACUUCUGCGUGGCAUCGGGCUUGAAACCAGAAUGGUGGCAAAUUUGCAACCCUCGGGCAUUGGCUGGAGCAAAGGCGAAGAAGCCAACGAAAAGCGGUCGAAGAAGGAUGCGAAGCCCCAAAAAGAAGAGCUCGACAGUGAUGACGAGACCAUGGAAUCAGCUUCGAAGAUUAAUGAUGCUUCUGCGUCGAAGUCAUCUGCAAAAAAGAGCCAGUUCAAUGGGUCUACAGCUUCGAAGCAUGGAAAGAGCUCGCUGCCGAACAAAAAGCCAACACGAAAAUCAUCUGGAGGUAACAAAGGCGAUGCGAUCAAUCUCGAAGAUCCAGAUAGCCCCUUGACCGAGCCACCGUCUGAUGACGAUAAUCACGACCCCAGUGUUGUGGCUGAGGAUGACGAUGAUGAUGUAUCAGUGGUCGAUGUAACGCCUACAACACCAAGGAGGAAGCCGUCGAAGAAGUAUGAUCGCGACCUUGCAUUUCCUACAUACUGGACCGAGGUUUGCUCACCAGUCUCACACAAGUGGAUACCAGUCGAUCCUAUUGUUCUCUCUACCAUCGCCUCGAACGACGAACUUCUUCAGUCCUUCGAACCUCGCGGUAGGAAAGCAGAAAAUGCAAAGCAAGUCAUCUGCUACGUCCUUGGCUUUGCUGCAGACGGCACUGCCAAGGAUGUCACUAUUCGAUACCUCAAAAAGCAUCAAUUGCCAGGCAAGACGAAGGGUAUGCGAAUGCCUGCCGAGAAGGUACCGAUCUACAACAAGCGAGGGAAAGUGAAACGCUACGAGGAUUACGACUGGUUCAAGACAGUCGUGUCCAUGUACGAUCGCCCUCAAAUCAAGCGCACUGCCGCCGACGACCUGGAAGAGCAGACCGAUCUAAAGCCCUUCAAGCCUGCCAAAGAAGAAAAGGAAGUGGAGAAGGAGAGCUUGCAAUGGUACAAGCAGAGUGCCGACUAUGUCCUCGAACAACAUCUUCGCCGCGAGGAGGCCAUUCUUCCGCACGCGAAACCGGUCAAAAUGUUCAAUGCUGGUAAGGGUGAUAAAGCCAAAGAGCAUCCAGUAUUCCGUCGCAGCGACGUGGUCGCCUGCAAGACCGUGGAAAGCUGGCAUAAGGAGGGUCGAGCUGUCAAGACUGGAGAGCAACCCAUGAAGCACGUACCUGUUCGAGCAGUGACCUUGGUCAGAAAGCGAGAGAUGGAGGAGCACUUCAAGGAGAAUGGCGAAAAGCUACAGCAGGGCUUGUACAGCUGGGACCAGACCGAUUGGAUCAUUCCUCCUCCGAUCGAGAAUGGCGUGAUACCCAAGAAUGCUUUCGGCAAUAUGGAUGUCUAUGUUGACACUAUGGUGCCGCAAGGCGCUGUCCAUCUACCACUCAAAGGCUCGGCCAAGAUCUGUAGGAAGCUUGAAAUCGACUAUGCUGAAGCUUGUACUGGAUUCGAGUUUGGCAAGCAGCGCGCUGUGCCGAUUCUUACCGGCGUCGUGGUCGCUGAAGAGCAUGAGAUUUUGGUUCGUGAUGCUUGGCGAGAAGCCCAAGCUGAGAUCAAGAGAAAGGAAGACACCAAGAGGACUGCCACUGCACUUCAUUGGUGGCGGAAAAUGGUCAUGGGCAUGCGAAUCAUUGAGAGAAUGCGAGCCGAGUAUGAGCGAGCAGACGAUGGUACUGGUGAAAUUAAUCCAUUCAUCUCUAAGGCGCAGAGGGAAGGCAAGCGCACAACCGAGAUGGACAUUGAUGAAGAUGCUGGAGCUGGAGGCUUCUUUCAGCCUGGUCACGAAGAGGAAGAGGUUGUUCAGCGCAAAGUCAAGCCUGCUGUCGACGAUGCAGACCUUGGUGGCGGUUUCUUUGCGGACAGUGAAGACGAGGCGGUUCAUGAUGAGGGAGGCGAUGGUGGCUUUUUGGUUGAAGACGAAGCGGAAUCCCACGUUGCAAAGGCACUGGUCACCCACCCUGCGUAUAUCACGCCAACGUCCUUACAGUCCGCUGCCAAGGUCCAUAUUGAAAGUGGGCCUGAACACGACAAUUCUCCGCCUUUUAAACGCACAUCUGCCAAGAAAUCGGCUGCUCAGGCAAGGAACUCUACUCCCAAUGCGAAUGGUCGCACGAAGCCUAAACGCAAGGUGGCAAUGCCAAAGGCAUCGACUGAUGAAGAGGACAAUUUUCCAGCCUCAGAAAAGAGUGAAGGGGUAUCUGCUGCAGAUGACGAUGAAGAUGAGCACAGUGAGGAUGAGAUCAUAGCAACACAAGCAGAUCGGCGCCGCAGCUCACCUCAAGUGCUCAUAUCGCCUCCUAAACGUACACCACCUGCUCGUCGCACAUCAGGCCGGACAGCGAAGAAAGCUACACCAGUCCAAAGCCAGUACUUCAACGCGGUCGACAAGGACGAUGACGAUGACGAUGACGAUGACGAUGACGAUGACGAUGACGAUCUUGAUGAGGACAUGAGCGAGGAGGAAAUAAUUAAGCCCACCAGGACCACAGCACGAACCAGGGCGAAGAGGUAAAUAACAGACUUCUCUGCUCCCUGAGAUUGGACAUAUUUGAAGAACUCGCUUCAUGUAUGGCUUAUCUGAAGUGCUCUGGUCACACAAUAAAUCUUCUUCGCCAGACCAAACCAAAGGUCGGCUCACAAAUACUUCUUGCACCUCAAACAGAUCACUCCUUUCGAGAUCACAAUCUCGCCUUCCCAUUCUUCCCCUCCUCCUCACUCUGCCUCUGACAAUCCUGCACAGCCUUCCAUGCCAUCUCCCCAAAUGGCCCCGCCUGCGCCCCGAACUCCUUGGCAUUAGCACUACUCGCCUGCCUCACAGCAUACCUCGCCGCAAUUCCCUGACAAAUGACCGCCCCGCGAUACAAUCCAAACGCAUCACCCCAAGUCACCUCUUGUUUCGAAAACUCCCAAUCCACAACCGAAUGAUACCACUCCAAAGCUUGUUCCCGUGUAGGAAGACCUGGCGUCACACCCACUUGAAAAGCAUCACUGGCUCGUAAAGUUUUGAGACCAGUGUGUACCCACGGAGACGUGAGAUUCACCACAUCAGACAAAGGAUGUCCAAUCGUCGCCAUUUCCCAAUCCAAAACUCCAAUCACGUAGGGCUCCGUCGGGUGGAAGACCAUAUUAUCGAUUUUAUAAUCUCCGUGCACAAACGUGCCCCGAUCCGUCGGUUGCGUGGUUUUGUUUCCAAAAAAUUCCACCAUUUCGUCAUAAUGCGGGAUUGCUCCUACAGGUUCACCGGUUUCUAUGUCUUUCGUUUCGGCCUGGGUGAUGGAGAGGGU